CCCUGGCCUCUGGCGGGAACGGCGAUCUGCUUAUUGAUUUGCUUUAAGAGACACCAGUUGCAUUAUUUUAGGCCAAGGGGUAUUGAGCAGCGUCUGAUGUGACGCAGUGCAUGCGUUAUAAUCCCACGUACUACUGUGCUGAACCUUGUCCAAGAGGAUCCCAUACAGCCCAUCCUCCCCAUACCCAAAGUGUGGCUAGCGGCGAUGCGGAUGCUGCAGUGUCAGUGUCCCAAAGUGUAUGGAGGAUGCUAGGUGCUUUCAUCCUUUUUAGGCACUGACAGCCGUGUGGAAUAAAUUCCCUCACUGAGUCGCAUUUUUCAUUGAUGUUCGGAUCCUUUAAGUAACCCCCAGACUCCAGUGAAAUUCCUUGUGUGUGUUUGGAGUUAUCCAUUUGGGGAGUGGAGUGGAAAAUUAAAUAACUCAAAUAGCUUUCAAUUAAAAGUUCAGAACAGAGCCUGUACUAGACCUCUGUGUAUUUGGAGAUACAGGGGAUGUGCCAGAGGGUGAAGGCCAAAACCAUAAUUAGAUUAAAAAAAGAAUGAAAUAAAUUCAUGGAGAAUAGGUCCAUCAGUGGCUAUUAACCAAGAUGGUCAGGGAUGCAAUCCCAUGCUCUGGGUGUCUCUAGUCUCUGACUGCUGUGAGAGUGGAUGACAGCGGAUGAAUAAUUGCCCUGUUCUGCUCAUUUCCUCUUAAGCACUGGCAUUGGCCACUGUUGGAAGACAGAAUACUGGUCUAGAUGGACCUUUGGUCUGACCCAGUAUGGCUGUUCUUAUGGAGAGCAUGCUGUGUCAAGUCUGAAAUCAAAAUAGGUGAAAAAUAUUAUAAAUGAGUGACGGGAAUUCGUCAAGUAUAGCUAGUAUGUAAUUUUUCAUAAUGACUUAGGUACCUGUCCAGCUCCCACUGAAAUUAGGGAAAAGAAUAAGAUAUCAUUGACAACUGGAUUAAUCACUUAGGCGCCAAUUCUGCAAUGAGCCCUGAGCCAGUAUACCAUUACAGCAGCACAGAGCUCAGCCCCAUGAUUUUGGCCUUAUUGAUGUUGCCCCAAAUAGGCCCCAAUGAUGGGCCCCAAAUAGGGACUAUACAUUUGUUUUAAAACAAAUUUAAAAUAGUUCUGGGGAAAUGUCAUCAUUGCUCUUGCAGUGUUGUGAACCAAAACACAACAGCACAUGCUAGUGCAAUGCAGGAAUAAUGGAUAGGGUUGCCAAGCCUCCAGGAUUGGGCUGGAGUCUCCAGGAAUUAACGAUUAAGCUUUAAUUAAAGAUUGUGGUGUGGUGAGACCUCCAGGAAUACACCCAACCAAAAUUGGAAACCCUAACGCUGGAACAGUUUUUAUAGAGGGGAUGCUAAGAGGCACUGAACCCAACUGUAAACUCUGUAUAUAACGGAAACUGCUUCAAGACAAGGGGUGUGGCAGCACUCCUAAUUCCAGCACUUAUGGGGCAAUGAGAACUACAAAGUGAAACUGACAAGUCUAGGUUCAGUGUUGGCCCACAGUGAAAUAAAAUAGCUUUUCAAUGUCAGAAGAACAAAGUCAAGAUAUGAUGGCAACUGAGGAACUUCAAGCCAUUAUAGAAAGAUGCCAAAUUCUAGAAGAAGAAGAUUUCAAAGGAGAAGAUUUCAAUCUUUUUCAAGUAGCAGGCCAGAAGUGCUUAGAAGAAGGUUAUGCAGCAGAAGUAUUAGAAGUAAUUCAAAAUGAGAAAAAUAAGGUUAUUGUCAAGAGUAUGGGCUGGAAUCUUGUUUGUCCUCUUGUUAGAUCCAUUUUGAGUUAUAAGCAGGAAGAUGAGAAGAGAGAACAUUGUCUGAAAAUACUAGAUCAGUUGGUGCAGCUGUGUAAUCCAAAGGAACUUUUAUUGGGUUUACUUGAGCAGAUUGAGCAGACCUCUGGGGAACAGAUAUCCCAAACUAUUCUGCUCUUGCUUCAACCUCUGCAGACAGUUCUAUUGAAACUUCAUAGCAAGAAGUCAUACUCAGUGGGUUUAUCUUUGUCUACCAUUUUAAAUCAACUCUCUCUCCUGCCUGUACCUUACACAAAAGAACAAAUACAAGAAGAUAAACUUGGCCUGUGCCAGUGUUGCAAUGCAGUAGUAGACUUUGCUAAACCUUUUGUGGAUGAAGUUGUUAAAAAUAUGGAAGGCUCAACAGAAAAUGAUGACAAGGAGCUCAAAGAAGAAUUGCUAAAAUUUUGUUUGAAAAGCUUGAAAUACCCCUUAUUAAUAGCACAGCUUGAUCAGCUGCAUGAAGAUAUUGAAGAAGAUCCCUUAAGGCAUUUUGCAGCUGAAAUUCUAGGUAUUUUAUUGGAUAUAAGAGAAUUGUUACCAACCUUGUUUUUACACCAUGGAAGCAGAAAUCAGAACUGGGAUAAUCAGGAUUUUUUGGAUGUAGAUGGAAAGCAUUCUGCAGAUUCUUUGGCAUGUCUGUCAUAUCUGGUGUAUGUUCAGUACUUUGGUAUUGAUUGUUUUCCAAUGGUCUUUAGUCCAUCAUAUCUUCUACAGUGCAACAUGACACAUAUUGAGGUCCUAUUGAAAAGGACAGAAGAAUCUGUGUUAACUAAAGGACUUGACCUGCUUGGAAACUGUUUAUUGAGAAUGGGAGAUAAUAGCCUUCACCACCAGUAUUUGGAAUUCAAAGGCUUCAUUACAGCACCUCAGGAUUUGGUUAAAGUGAUGACCCUUUGUCCUAUAGAGCAUCUGCGAAAGAAGAGUUUGAAGAUAUUGCAGUUAUAUAUAGACAAGUUUGAUGCAGAGGGAAAAUACACUUUGUUCAGGUGUUUAUUGAAGACAAGCAACCACGCUGGCGUAGAAGGCUAUGUUAUACAAAAUAUCAAAAAUCAGAUUGAUUUAUCAUUAAAGAAAGCAAAUGACAGUAAGUGGUUUACUGGACCCCAGCUGGUUUCACUUCUAGAUUUAGUGCUGUUGCUUCCUGAAGGGGCUGAAACAGAUCUUCUCCAAAACUCAGAUAGGAUUAUGGCCUCACUAAAUCUAUUGAGAUAUUUAGUCAUUAAGGACAACGAAUACGACAAUCAAACUGGUAUAUGGACCGAACUUAACAAGAUUGAGCAAAAUUUCUUAAAGCCUUUGCACACAGGACUUAAUAUGUCAAAAGCACAUUAUGAAGCAGAAAUAAAAAGUAAAAAGGGAAAUAGACGAGAAUCUCACAAUUCUAAAGCAGUUUGUUCUGUAACAGUUGGCGGGGAAAAGAUGCCUAACAUGACCACUGAAAUGCAGCUUCAGGUUCUACAUUCAGCUCUUUUCACAUUUGAUUUAAUAGAAAGUGUUCUGGCCCGAGUAGAAGAACUCAUUGAAGUGAAAAUAAAAACCAUAACAUAACAAAUAUUGGGGGUCAAAUGAAGCACUUGAUGUUGUAAAUCCUAGUGGGUUUUUAACUCUUGCAGUACAUUAAGACACUGGUCAUUAUGACUUUACUUGAAAGAGACGUUAUCAAGCUUUAAACAAGUCUGUUGAAGAAUUAUUUAUAAAAGGCUGCUAGAAUAUUUGCAACUGCUGUUCUUUACAUGUCUUAUUACGUGUCUUUACUGUAGAAUCUGAUUAAUGGAGAUAGUCAAUGUACUAAUUUCAACAAAAUAUCCCAAGUUACCCUCUCAUUGAGUUUGCUGCAGUUUUGCUAGUGUUUGCAUUUGCUUGGCAUAAGAUAAUUAUAUUUUAUUAACCUUUGGAGAAGAGAGGAUGUUUUUGGUGUGUAGAAAUAGCCUUAUGUUUGCAUUACCUAGAACCCAAUAGUUCCAAAUGUUUGGAAAGUUUUGAGAUCCACAGACGUGUAAAUACUAGGUAUUAUUACUGCAAUUAAUAUUGCUAACCAUACUUCUAGAUUAAUAAAGACUGAGUGUAAACCAGGACUAUCCAUACUGGAGAUCUGAGCGUAGGGAUUUGCGGACAAGGGGAAGCCAGGCUUCAAAAAGCACCUCCAGGACAAAACAAGAUAAGUUUUAGAACUUUCCACAGUGAAAAGUAAUAUACAUAAACAAGACAGUAAACAUAUUUUUUGUAAAGAGAAACAAGAAUACAAUUCAGUGCAUAAAUUGUUAAUUCAUAAUAUGGUCUAAAAUAUAUGGACUUGGGGGAGAAUCUACUCUAGGAUCAUUUUGAUUAUUCUUAUCCUCCCUAACUAUGAAGAAUCUCCCAAAGAGGUGUUUAAAUGUUUUGGAAAAUAACAGAUCACUUUGCAAUCAAGCUAAAGGUAAGGCACUUGCUUUUUAAUGCUGUUUUAUUUAAAUUGCCCAAAUUGUAAAAACAAAACAUACAUAGGGUUUUAAAAAAAAAUCUCUUAACUUUUCUCCAAGUUAGCAAAUUUGGUAUAACUCACACUGUCUAGCAUUGAAUAUCACAAUAAAUGUUAUGUAAAUUUUCAUUUAAUGCAUUAAUUAUAUACACAAAUAUUUUUUAACUGACCAUUUUUUGUAUAGUUGCUGUAUUUUUUUUGAACAGACAAGAAAAACAUUUGUAUUUUGUUUAGAAAUGUAACUCCAGAAGUUUUGAAUAAAUCUAAUUGGUACUAAGUUAGAUACAAUCCAACUGGAUCUUGUGAAGCAUUUUCCAAACUGGACUCUGGUCUAUGAUCUGGGCUUUUGCCAUUAGCAUUCUGUAGCGAAUGUUGUCUAUUUGUGGUUUGCAGGUGAUCUUAAAAGGAAAAAAGAAAUAUGUGCCACUACUUACAAAUAUUUUGAUUAAAAGAGAAUUAGACAGUUUGGGUAAAGAAAUACUGAACCAUUUACUCUUAAUAUAGUACAACUGGAAAUUACAAAGAGACUGAGACCAGAUUCUCUCAACUGGGUGUCUGGGGGUGAGGGAGAAACAAAGGUAACAGGGUAAGCCACCUUGGGGUGCCAGGCUGAUCCUGCAGCACAACUUAAAGCAGCUGUGGGACUGAUUUGUUCAUAUUCUGAUAACAUCCCACAAGGGGUUGUUACAGCUGCUAAGGAUUAGCUAAAUAUGGUUGCUCCCUGGCCACCCCUCCUGCACUGGGGACAGGGAGAAGUGAAACAGCAGUCAUUAUGCAUGUUGUACUCCAGCUGGGGUUCCCCAAAUUGGGGAGUCUUGAGGUAGCGUAUUCAACUGGUUUGAGGCUGCUUUGCACUGGCAAACUAGUGCAAGUUGACCACAGCAGGGGCCAGAUUCUGGCCUUAAGAUUUAGAACUGUAUUUUAAUGGCCACAGAUAGGUCUGGGCCUUGUGCUAACAUCAUCCCUUACAUGGAACUCCCAUUGAAGUCACUGGGACAUUAGUGAAGAUCAAGUGCAGGAGAGCUUCAAAUUUGUAGGAUCAGCAGUAGGCCUAAUUUUAUUUAACACCUUUGCAGUUAACACUGAAUUAGGAUAUGGUGCAGAACAGAUUUCACAAAAAGCUAGAGGUCUGAUGUACAGUGGUUACUAUUAAGAUGUCAACAUUUAAUAGUUGUCACACUGUAGUACAUGAGAUGCCACAGUUAUUUUAUAGACUCUAGAAUAGAAAAUAAUUGCAGUAUCUUAUGCCAGACUAUUGUAACUUGGUAAAUGCUAAUUUUGUAUACGGUGACCACUUACGAAAAGGAUAAAUGCAAACUAAUAUCUGGUUUGCUGCUGUUCCUUUUAUUUUUGGUACAUUAUCGGAGUGCUGUUCAUACUAUUAUAAUUAAUGUUGAUUCAACAUUUCUGUAGAAAAAUCAUUAAAUAGCUUCUGCAUAUGCA